GUGAAGAACAAAUUUAAUAGUCUUAGGACUCGUUGGAAGUUGUUUAAGAUGUUGAUUGGUGAAACUGGAAUGGGAUACAAUUCCAUCACCGGAAAUGUUGUUGCAAGUGAGGAGGUGUGGAAAAAAUGUUUGCGGUGAAUAAGAUGGCAAGAAGAUUUAAAAAACAUGGUUGUAAAGAAUAUGAAAAAUUGUGUAUGCUUUAUGGUGACACAACUGCUGCAGGCUGCAAUGCUCAUCCGUCUACUAAAAGUCCUUCAGUUAAUAGCUCUAUUGAGGAUGAUGGAGAAAUGAAGAAAGAGGUUCAUAGCUCUAUUGAGGAUGAGAUUACUCAUAAGGAUAAAAAGAUGAAGCAGGUAGGUCGAAGUCAUCGUAAAGGAAGAGAACAAUUUCAAAUAGUCAUGGCUCAAAUUCUCACAGCACUAGGAGAAAGCUCUAAAAUAAAAUUGGAAUUAAUGGGACCCCCCCCCCCUCCCCCCAGAAAAUUCAGCUGCUUUAAGUCGCGAAAGUACUGAAAAGUUAUGAGUGAAAAAGGGAAUGAUGAAGAAUGCAUCUUAAAUUGUCUCAAUGCAUUUAAUUCACUAAAUGAUAUUGAUGGGGCAUCUUAUGCAAAAGCAACCCAACUUCUCAUGAUGAUGCAAGGUGGAGAACAAUGUUUCUAGCUAUGCCAGAUGAGAGAAAAAAGGAUUGGGUGCUUAAUAUUUGAAUUCCUUGAUGUGACACGUUUAUGUUGUUGACUCAUGUACACAGAUUUGGAUUCUCUCAAUGAUUAAGAAUCUGAUGAAGAGAUUGAAACUUUGCUUACAAUUAUGUUAAACAGAGAGUAUAAUCCUCUUUGCAAAGUUAAACCUCGACCCUAAAGGGUCUCUAAAUUAAUAGGUCAUGAGUGGGUGGUUGAAGUGUUAAAUGGUCACCCAGACACAUGUUACGAUUUAUUUCGUAUGGAUAAACAUGUUUUCAUGAGUUUGUGUGAGGAGCUGAAAAGAAGAACCACAACAAAAGGCUCAAAGUUUUUAUCUGUACAAGAACAAGUAGCCAUAUUUUUAUUGAUUAUUAGUCACAAUGGUCGAAAAAGAUAUGUUGCAGAUCGAUU